UGAGCCGCGCAGCUUUGCUCGCCCCGCCGCCUGCCACCUGAGCUGCCCCAGCCAAACGCGCCCAGCCGUCUGCACUUCCCAGCUCCUACCGCAGCCUGCUGGUCAGAGAAGGAGUCUCCCGCGCUCGGAGCUUCGGUCGGCCCCAGCAAACUCCUCCCGCCGGCACCAGGCUCGGCACAGAGCUCCGGGAUAUCAUGGUCUGCAAGACUCUCCUCGCUCUGUGCAUCUUCACAGCAGGAUUGAGGGUCCAGAGCCUGCCUACAUCAACCUCCUUGCCUGUUUCUCUUCCGGCAAAAAUAACCCCACCGGCCUCUACCUGGACCAGCUCUGCACAGAACCCUGUGGCUCUCACGGCGUCCCCAGCCAGUGGCGUUCACAAUACCUCGGUACUCCCAGUCACAGACAUAGCCCUGACAUCUGCACUGCCCAAGCAUGUGUCCAUUGAACCCACAGAAGAGGCAAUCACCAGCCCAUCCUCGAGCUGGGAAGGCACAAACCCAGGCCCCUCGCUUCCUGGGUUCUUAUCAACCAGCAGUGUGGUCCACGUGACACCCACGCCCGAGGAACACAACGCCAGCAGUCCUGAAGUAAGCGUGCCAGCUGAAGGGUCACAGUCCCCUACAUCCCUCUCCCCUCAAGCUCCGGCCUCUUCACCCUCCUCCUCCUCAUCCACCUUGCCACCUGAGAUCCUUUCUGCCUCUGUCACCUCCAACCACAGCACCACUGUGACCAGCACCCAGACCACAGGAGCUCCAGCUACAUCAGAGUCCCCAACAGAGGAGCACAGCUCUGGUCACACACCUACUUCCCAGGCCACAAUGGAGCCAGUGCCCAAGGAGAAAACACAGCAGGAAACUGAGCCCAAGACAGUGAUAUGCGAGUCCGAGACCACCACCACCUUCCUGAUCAUGCAGGAGGUAGAACACGCGUUAAGUUCAGGCAGCAUUGCCGCCAUUACAGUGACCGUCAUUGCCGUGGUGUUGUUGGUGUUUGGGGUGGCAGCGUAUCUGAAGAUCAGGCAUUCCUCCUAUGGAAGGCUUUUGGAUGACCAUGACUACGGGUCCUGGGGAAACUACAACAACCCUCUCUACGAUGACUCCUAACAAAGGGCUGUGGCCUGGGCUGAGGACUAACUGUUCUUUAUUUAUAAGUGCUUAUCCAGUAGAAUUCAUAACAAGUACCUGAUGCACACUGAA